AUGGCCGAAAAUAUAGCGAGAAGUAAGGUAACAGCAAUGUUGCACUAUAUGCCAGAGAUUAUUUGGCAUGAUAGGGACUCCUUACUUUCUGUGGAUUUUCAAACACAGGAGAACGAUGGAGUCGAUUUUUAUAAGUUGGUAACAUGUAGCUUACGAAAAGAAGUACGAAUUUGGAAGAUGGAUUUUCGGAUGUUGCCGUUUGGAAUUGAAGAUCUUGGAGUAUAUUUCAUUGCAAAUUUAGUUGGUCAUCGUACAACUGUUAAUGUUGCACGCUUUUCACCAGAUGGACAAUUCCUUGCGAGUGGAGAUUGCGACGGUUGUAUAAUCAUUUGGAAAAUUGAUACGAACAGUCCAAACCUGAUAUCGCCACGAGAUGACGACUUCCCUUCAAAUGUUGAAAACUGGGUCAGAUACAAAACUCCAUUAAGCCACAAUAGUGAUAUUUGUUCUUUGUGCUGGAGUCCGGAUAGCAAGCGUUUUGCCAUUGUUUCCAAUGAUGAAUCUUUCGCAAUAUAUGAAGCAAAUACAGGUAGACGCUUGUGGCACAUGAGGUCAUAUCGACGUUUCCCAAAUGGUGUUGCGUGGGAUCCACGUGGGAAGUAUAUCGUUACAAUGUCCACUGAUAGGAAAUUGGACAUUUUGUGUGGGAAGAAAGGAACUCGUUUAAUAUGCAUCCAAAAUGUUCGCUUGCCGGAGACAGUUUUACGAAAAUCAAAUUUAACAGUUGGUAGUUACAAGUUAUUUCACGAUGAUCAAUUAAUGUCCUUCUCUAGGAUUCCGGAUUUCUCACCUGACGGUGAAUUGCUAAUUGCACCAAGUGGUAUUUUGGAGACGGGUUCUUCAAAUGUUUUAGGGACCUAUAUUUUUCGUCGUCAUGAGUUUUCGAAAGGUCGUCCGGCUGCAUUUAUUCCUUCUUCAAAAGCUACUUUUCGUAUAUCUUGUUGUCCUAUCUUGUACAAACUUCAUAAGAAAGUUGUCGGUAACCCAUUAAAACUUCCAUAUCGCAUUGUUUGGGCUGCACUAACGAAGAAUACUGUGUAUAUUUUCGAUAGCCAACUCUGCAGAUGUGUGGCUUGUGCUACUAAUCUUCAGUACGAUACUCUCACAGAUAUGUCAUGGAGUCCUGAUGGACGAGUUUUGAUGAUUUGUUCUUUGGAAGGUUAUAUUAGUUUCAUCAGGUUUGACGAAGUGGCGCUAGGUGAAAAAUAUACUGAAAAAAUACCUGAACUUCCACCAUCCCCGAUAUUUGAACGAGAUAGAAAAGGACCUAAGUACAGGAAUUCUUUAAAUCAAUUUGAUAAAAGACAAAGAGAGAGCUCACCACCAAAUUCACUUCUGAAAUAUUUUAAAAGAAUUUCCUCAUCCCAAACAGGAAAGGAAGGAGAUCAAGCUAAGACAGGCAUAUCAACACUAGACAGCAGAAGGAAAGAAGUUGGUGAUGCUGUGAGCUCUAGCGAUAAUCCUCGAAUAAUUGUGAAGCGUCCUGCUAAAUUUGACAGCAGUAAAAAGGAAUCUGAUAAUAAAGUUAGGGACAAGAAACGGGCAAAGUUAACUACGUCACCAUUGUUAUAA